GAGGCACCACAAGCAGCAGCACAGCGCAGCGCAACGCAGGUGAGCUUGUUGGGCGACGAGCCUCUAGUGGGCGCAGCACCAGUCUACUACUAGGCGUCUAGCUAGCCCAUUGCCGCAUUGUGUAUUUGCGUUACUACUAAACAUGGUAAACGAAGUGGCGCCUCGAAUCAGCGCUCGACACCUCCCGCUGCGCCCCCAUCCGCGCCGGGCAGGCAUGGGCACCGCCGGGUCGGCGCGCGCCCCCACCUAGCCGUCGACUCGGCGCUGCUCACUCGCGCUCCACGCCCACGCCCACGCCCACCGCCCCCCGCUAUUUAUGCGUACUUGCUUGCCGGGAGAGUCGCCGGAGAGCUGGGCGUCCUCCUCCCGUUCCAGAGCCUCACUGCUUCGCUCCACCCACCCGCAGUCUAUCAAAAAUUAAAUUGCUAUUGUCUAUAUUUCCUCAAGGUAUGGAAAGACGAAAAGGAAAACAAAUCAUUUCACGGUGCUAGGAUUUGGUAUUUUCUAUAUUUCCUCAAGGUCUGCAAUCAUAUUUUGUUAAGCAAGAGUGGUAUCUGGUGGUUUUGUUUUUCAAAAGAAGACAGAAAUGUCUUCCUUGAGGCCUGCCCAGUCUUCUAGUUCAUCCAGCAGGACUCGGCAGAGCUCCCAGGCACGGAUACUAGCACAAACAACCCUUGAUGCUGAACUCAAUGCAGAGUAUGAAGAAUCUGGUGAUUCCUUUGAUUACUCCAAGUUGGUUGAAGCACAACGGAGCACUCCACCUGAGCAGCAAGGGCGAUCGGGAAAGGUCAUAGCCUACUUGCAGCAUAUUCAAAGAGGAAAGCUAAUCCAACCAUUCGGUUGCUUGUUGGCCCUUGACGAGAAGAGCUUCAGGGUCAUUGCAUUCAGUGAGAAUGCACCUGAAAUGCUUACAACGGUCAGCCAUGCUGUGCCGAACGUUGAUGAUCCCCCAAAGCUAGGAAUUGGUACCAAUGUGCGCUCCCUUUUCACUGACCCUGGUGCUACAGCACUGCAGAAGGCACUAGGAUUUGCUGAUGUUUCUUUGCUGAAUCCUAUCCUAGUUCAAUGCAAGACCUCAGGCAAGCCAUUCUAUGCCAUUGUUCAUAGGGCAACUGGUUGUCUGGUGGUAGAUUUUGAGCCUGUGAAGCCUACAGAAUUUCCUGCCACUGCUGCUGGGGCUUUGCAGUCUUACAAGCUUGCUGCCAAGGCAAUCUCUAAGAUUCAAUCGCUACCAGGUGGAAGCAUGCAGGCCUUAUGCAAUACCGUGGUUAAGGAAGUCUUCGACCUUACAGGUUAUGACAGGGUUAUGGCUUACAAGUUCCAUGAAGAUGAGCAUGGGGAGGUCUUUGCUGAGAUCACCAAACCUGGUAUUGAGCCCUAUCUAGGCCUGCACUAUCCGGCCACUGAUAUCCCUCAAGCUGCCAGGUUUCUCUUCAUGAAGAACAAAGUCAGGAUGAUCUGUGAUUGCCGUGCAAGAUCGGUGAAGAUUAUUGAAGAUGAGGCGCUCUCCAUUGAUAUUAGCUUGUGUGGUUCAACUCUUAGAGCACCACAUAGCUGUCACCUUCAGUAUAUGGAAAACAUGAACUCGAUCGCAUCCCUUGUCAUGGCUGUUGUGGUUAAUGAAAAUGAAGACGAUGACGAACCCGAGUCUGAACAACCACCACAACAGCAGAAGAGGAAGAAACUGUGGGGUCUCAUUGUUUGCCACCACGAGAGCCCCAGAUAUGUGCCGUUUCCACUGCGGUAUGCCUGUGAAUUCUUGGCCCAGGUGUUUGCUGUCCAUGUAAAUAAGGAGUUUGAAUUGGAGAAGCAGAUACGAGAGAAAAGCAUUCUGCGAAUGCAGACAAUGCUCUCUGACAUGCUAUUCAAGGAAUCAUCUCCCUUGAGUAUCGUAUCCGGGAGUCCAAAUAUCAUGGACCUCGUUAAGUGUGAUGGUGCUGCUCUUUUGUAUGGGGACAAAGUAUGGCGGCUUCAAACGGCUCCAACUGAGUCUCAGAUACGUGAUAUUGCCUUCUGGCUUUCAGAAGUUCAUGGGGAUUCCACUGGCUUGAGCACUGAUAGCCUCCAGGAUGCUGGAUAUCCAGGAGCCGCUUCCCUUGGUGACAUGAUCUGUGGAAUGGCAGUGGCUAAGAUCACGUCCAAGGACAUUCUUUUCUGGUUCAGGUCACAUACAGCUGCUGAAAUCAAGUGGGGAGGUGCAAAGCAUGAUCCAUCUGAUGAGGAUGACAGCAGAAGGAUGCACCCUAGGCUGUCCUUUAAGGCUUUCCUCGAGGUUGUCAAGAUGAAGAGUUUGCCAUGGAGUGACUACGAGAUGGAUGCUAUUCACUCGUUGCAACUUAUUCUUAGAGGUACACUGAACGAUGCCUUGAAGCCGGCCCAGUCAUCUGGUUUAGAUAACCAGAUUGGUGAUCUCAAACUUGAUGGGCUCGCCGAACUGCAAGCGGUGACAAGUGAAAUGGUUCGCCUGAUGGAAACGGCAACUGUUCCGAUCUUGGCGGUAGAUGGCAACGGAUUGGUCAACGGAUGGAACCAAAAGGUGGCGGACUUGUCGGGGUUGCGAGUUGAUGAAGCUAUAGGAAGACACAUACUUACACUUGUGGAGGAUUCUUCUGUACCAAUUGUUCAGAGGAUGCUAUACUUAGCUCUGCAGGGCAGAGAAGAGAAGGAGGUUCGAUUUGAGUUGAAAACCCAUGGCUCCAAGAGGGACGAUGGCCCUGUUAUCUUGGUUGUAAAUGCUUGUGCCAGCCGUGACAUGCAUGACCAUGUUGUUGGGGUGUGCUUUGUAGCCCAGGAUAUGACUGUUCAUAAGUUGGUCAUGGACAAAUUUACCCGGGUUGAGGGGGACUACAGGGCCAUCAUUCACAACCCGAACCCGCUCAUUCCUCCGAUAUUUGGCGCCGACCAGUUCGGAUGGUGCUCUGAGUGGAACGCAGCCAUGACCAAGCUUACUGGGUGGCACAGAGAUGAGGUGAUCGACAGGAUGCUCCUUGGCGAGGUUUUCGACAGCAGCAAUGCUUCCUGCCUUCUGAAGAGCAAAGACGCUUUCGUACGUCUUUGCAUUAUCAUCAACAGCGCAUUAGCUGGUGAAGAGGCAGAGAAGGCUCCAAUCGGUUUCUUUGACCGCGAUGGCAAAUAUAUUGAGUGCCUUCUGUCAGUGAACAGAAAAGUGAAUGCAGAUGGCGUCGUCACCGGAGUGUUCUGUUUCAUUCAUGUUCCUAGUGAUGACCUCCAGCAUGCGCUACAUGUGCAGCAAGCCUCUGAGCAGACAGCACUGAGAAGGCUGAAGGCUUUCUCGUACAUGCGACAUGCCAUCGACAAACCUCUCUCAGGUAUGCUCUAUUCUAGGGAAACACUCAAGGGCACAGACCUGGAUGAAGAGCAGAUGAGGCAGGUUCGUGUCGCGGAUAAUUGCCAUCGCCAGCUAAACAAGAUACUCGCCGACUUAGAUCAAGAUAACAUUACUGACAAGUCGAGUUGCUUGGAUUUGGACAUGGCUGAGUUUGUGCUGCAAGACGUGGUGGUGUCUGCUGUAAGUCAAGUACUGAUAGGUUGCCAGGGUAAAGGCAUCAGAGUUGCUUGCAACCUGCCGGAGAGAUCCAUGAAGCAAAAGGUUUACGGGGAUGGUAUACGGCUCCAGCAGAUCCUCUCCGACUUCUUAUUCGUUUCGGUGAAAUUCUCUCCUGCUGGUGGCUCUGUUGAUAUCUCUUCCAAACUGACCAAGAACAGCAUUGGCGAAAACCUUCAUCUCAUAGACUUCGAACUUAGGAUCAAGCACCAAGGAGCAGGAGUCCCAGCAGAAAUACUGUCACAGAUGUAUGGGGAGGACAAUAGAGAACAGUCGGAGGAGGGCUUGAGCCUCCUUGUUUCUAGAAACCUUCUGAGGCUCAUGAAUGGCGACAUUCGUCACCUCAGGGAAGCUGGCAUGUCAACCUUCAUCCUCACUGCUGAACUCGCUGCUGCUCCUUCAGCAGCUGGACAUUGAAGCCGUCACUGCAAACAAGUGCCAAAUGCUGCCCAGCUCCCUCAGAGUUCAUUCGGAAAGCAACGGUGGUUCGCGGAGAAUGGGAAAUGCUGCAGCCUGUAGGAUCACCGAAUGCAUAAGAAAUAAGAUUGACUUGUAUGGUUGUUUGUUAGGCGGGGAAGUUGUGCAGGCAUAGUAAGACUCCAUACUUCUGCUCUUUUCUGCCUGUAACCAACUGUUUUCUAUCAGUUAUUAGGCUAUCUCAUCAGUUUAAUUAUACUUAUCCCUCAUAUUUAAAUUUCACUUUGCAAACAAUACAAAACAGUGUUUUGAUGACCAUAUGGAUGAACUGCGAAGACAAUUUUUUUAGGCUGUCUCUAAUAUUUCAUCCAUAUGGUCACCCAAAAUACUAUUUUGUACGGUAGACUACACUGUUAGUAGUGUGGAGUUUAAAUAUGGGGAUGAAUAACCUGUUGGAGAUAACCUUACCUAUCUUCAGCAAAUCUUCUAUCAUAUCUCUUAUUUUAAACUUCACUCUACAAACAAUAUCAUAUACAAUUUUGUAAUGUCAUAUACAGUUCCGUGU